AUGGCGAUCUGUACUUUCAAGGCACGGAAGCUUGCAUCGGAAGCGUGCAUAGAAGAUCUGAUGAUGCAAGCUAGAAAGAUCAAGUACGACGUCGUCGGACUGACCGAGACGAGAAGACAUCGCCCCGAGAAGGUAUUUGAGACUGGCGAAGAACUGUUCCUUGGAACAUGCGACAGCAGAGGUGUCGGCAGCGUAGGUGUCCUCGUCAAUACGCACUUGGCCAUGAAGUCGAUUAGUACGAAAGCUUAA